AUGUAUUAUUAUUCACUUUCGAUUUUUGAAUUUACUACUUUGAUUGCAGCGGGUAUAAGAAACAUUUUUCCUUCAACUGUUCAUCAUCGUUUAUGUGUAUGGCAUCUUGAACAAAAUUCUAAGAAACACAUUGGAGCAUUGAGAGCUUUGGAAGGCUUUACAGAUUUGUUUGGAUAUCUUUUGAAGUAUUGUGAAACUCCUGCUGAAUUUGAAUAUUUCUGGAAAAGGAUGUGUGAUAAAUACAAAUGUGAAAAUGAUGAUUGGUUAUGUGAUUUGUAUAAAAUAAAGGAAAUGUGGUGUCCUGCUUAUUCUAAGAAGUAUUGGUCUGGUGGUAUAUUGUCUUCUCAACGUAGUGAAACUACUAAUAAGUCAGUUUCACAACGUCUUAAUAAGACUCAAGGUUUAUGUGAUUUUUAUCAUGUUUUUCUUGAUGUCAUUUCUGAGUGGAGAAGUAAGGAAGGUGCAAGAGAUUACAAUACUCUGAGGGGUAAUAGGCACCUAGCUUUUGCUAAUAUUGGUAUAUUAGAUCAUGCAAGAUCAUUGUACACUAUUCAAGCUUAUGUUCUUUUUGAAGAGGAGUUCAUUAGGGGGACAGCUUAUGAUCAUGUUGAUAAUGGUUUGCGUUUUCCAGAAUAUUCAUAUCUUCUUUGGAGGCCUGGGAAGGAUAUAAUUAAGCAUGAAGUUGUUUUUAAUAAGGAAACACAUGCAAUUUGUUGCACAUGCAUGUACUUUAGUGAGACUGGUUUACUUUGUUCUCAUUCUCUUCGAGUAUAUCAUUUGCAUUGUGUGCGUAAUAUUCCACAAGAGUAUAUAAUGAAACGAUGGACAAAGGCUUCCAUGUGUAGUCAUGGUAUUGAAGAACCUACUUUGAGGACAAAUGUUGUGGCUACUAGUGUUUGGAGGUCACAAACAAUCAGAAAGUUUGUUAAGUUGAUAACAAGUUGUCAGAAUUCUUUGAAUGCAAGGGCAGAGGUUGAGUGUUAUUUCAAUCUGUUAAAAGAAAAGGUUGAGAGUGUAUCAGGUGUAAUUGACUUUAGUGAACCUGUUAAAGAGGUUGAAAUUGUUGAUCUUGAGAUCAAGAAUCCUCCAAAAGCUAGGCCUAAAGGUGAGAGGAAUGUAAGGCCUAAGAGUACCUUGGAGAAGCAGUGUAACAAGGCAAAGGGUAAUUUCAAGAGGAAAAAGUCUCUGUACACUCCUUACAAAAGGGGUAUAGGGCAAGCAGUUGUACAGGAACUUGAUGAGAACGGUUGUGCUGUUACUUAUGCUAAUUCUAUUAGUGAUCCCAUUGAAUUGAUUGUUUUGAGCAAUAAACGGGCUCAGGUCGGCUUAAAAUCAGCUGUUGUAGAAGAAAUUCCUUCUAGUUCUAAGGAAUCAAAUCAUAGUAUUUCCAAUGAUUUUGAUCAGGCUACUGGUGAAAGCUCUCUUUCAUCUAUCAUAUCUAUUGAUGUUGAUAUUUCAUCUAUUGCUAAGGCGAAGGAUUUAAAUCUUGAAGGUGUUUCUGCUGUUCAACCUUGUUCUAAUUUUGGUGCAAAUAAAGGUGCUUCUGGUGUUAAAACUUACUCUCAAAUUAAUCCAAGAGUUCCAAUUCAUACUAGUGCGUCAACAAAAUCUCCUGUUGUUAUUCAACCUACUGUUCCCAGGAAUGUUCAAAAUCAAACUCAGAAUUGUUCAAACACCAAUCCAGAAAUGAUCAUAUCCAACUCCAGGAAUGUUCAAUCAACAAAUGUUCAAGUUAUUUCUCCUACGGUUCAAAUAAAUGAUCAAGGAUUUCCUGUUCAGAAUGUUCAAGUUACUCCUCCCACAGUUCAAAGAAAUGAUCAAGGUGCUCGUGUUCCAAUUCUUCAAUCAAGAAAUGUUCAAUUAGGUUCUAAAAAGAUUUCUUCUAAAUAUGAUAAGUUGUUAGCCUUUUUUGAUACAAGUGUAGCUAAACGUUUGGCUAAUAAAGAUAAAUAAUUAGUAUUCCAGAACUUUAUAAA